AUGGCAGACUGGCAACACCUUCUCCAAUCAAUCUUCAUAGGUCUUCUCUUCUCUUACCUCCUCGCCAAACUCAUUUCCAUCGUCGUUUCAUUCCAACACGACAAUCUCCAAAUCACCCGAGGCACUUCGUCUCCAAAACCCCAAUCGAGCGACACCACCGCCAGCAAAGACCCUGCCACCACUACCACCACCACCACCGACUAUCACUACCAGCACUCUCAUGGUGAUGUUGACUCGGUGGUUGCAGAACAAGGAAGUGUGCGAAAUGAGAGCGUGUCAGGGAGUGAUGUUGGUGGUGAUGAUGAUGAUGAUGAUGAUUGGGAAGGUGUGGAGAGUACGGAAUUGGAUGAAAUGUUUAGUGCGGCGACGGCAUUUGUGGCGGCAGCUGCGGCCGAUCGGGUUUCGUUGAAGGUAUCGAGUGAUUUGCAGUUGCAGCUUUAUGGGUAUUAUAAGAUUGCUACUGAAGGUCCUUGUACUAGUCCUUCUCCUUCUGCUCUCAAAAUGACUGCCCGUGCCAAAUGGCAAGCAUGGCAGAAAUUGGGCGCUAUGCCACCAGAAGAUGCUAUGCAGAAGUACAUUGAUAUUGUUACAGAGCUGUAUCCUACUUGGGCUUCUGGUUCAGCUGUGAAGAGCAGAGGCAGAGAUGGUGUUGGACAGAACACGGAUGGCAGAGGACCUAUGGGACCAGUUUUCAGCACUUUUGUCUAUGAGGAGGAAUCAGGAACUGAGUUGCACAACCCAAACAAGCUUAAUGGUUCGUUGUUCCCAAUUUUCAGGAAAAUGGAUGCCAUUCAUUCCUUUGCCAGAGAAGGAGAAGUGAAUAAUUUGCUCAAAUGUAUUGAUGGUGGUGUUUCUGUGGACUUGAAAGUGAGUGAUCAUCGGGCUUAUCAUGCUUGCCAGAGCAUUAGCAUACCAGAUAGUGAGGGUCGGACUCCUUUGCAUUGGGCUGUAGAUCGUGGUCACCUUAAUAUUGUUGAGGCACUUGUUGGAAAGAAUGCUGACAUAAAUGCAAAGGAUAAUGAAGGCCAAACCCCAUUGCAUUAUGCUGCUGUCUGUGAGAGAGAAGCAAUUGCUGAAUAUCUUGUGAAGCAAAAUGCAGAUACAGAUGCAAAGGACAAUGAUGGCCAGUCUGCCCGUGAUAUCUGUGAGUCAGAUUGGCCUUGCCUGCAACCCGCCGAAACAAAGACCGACUGA